AUGUUCGGUAGGAGACCGUUUAGGCUUAACAUGCAUCUGCCCGCCAUGUCGUCGCGCAUGUCCGGCUCGUCGGGCGGAAGCUCGCACAAGUCCAAGCGCGACAUCCGCGUGGCGCAGGCCACGGCGGACGCGCAGCUGCACUCCGCCUUCGAGAACUCCGCCAACACCGGCGACACCUUCGACUACAGCAAGUCCGUCGAUGCCAGCCGCGGCACCGGCGCGGAGAGCAUGCCGUCGACGACCAUCACGGCGUACCUGCAGCGCAUGCAGCGCGGAGGAAUUACCCAGACGUUCGGGUGCAUGAUUGCGGUGGAGGAGGAGACGUUAAGGUGA